UUAGCAAUAAGCCUCCGCAACCUUCUCAGGCAACUUCCCUACCUUUCCUCAUCCAAAUCAAUCGCUUGAUCGAUGCGUAAUCCGUCUCGAGGAGGCUUUUGCGAUCAUCUUCUUUGUUUUCGUCUAUAAGCUUCUGUAAAAUUCGACUCCGGUGAGCUCGAUCCCGCGGUUUCUUCUCUUUCUUCCGGGAUCUCGUUUGUUGUCCUUGUCUUAUCCCUUUCUUUCUUUCUUUUUUUUCUGCCCUUCUGUUCUGAUUUCUUUGUUCUCCCUAAAUGCGUGGGGGAAAAAAGUCUGUUGAAUCUUAGCUUUCGACGUCGUUGCGGUUGUUUACGCGCUGUUUAUUUUGUUGGAUCUUGAACUCGCUUCGAUCUCUAUUUGCGUAACUCUCUCUCUCUCUCUCCGUCUCUCGAUUUUUAGCUGUGUUUAGGAUUUUUCUUCUUCAAUUUGGGAUAGAUGGCAGGGGAAAGUUGCAACCUUAAUAAGGAUGAAGCUGAAAUCCUCAAACCCUCUUCCCCUUCUCCGAGUUCCUCCUCGCCUCAACCACCACCGUCGCCGUCUGCCCAUUGCCUGCAGACUCUGCAAGAGCUCUCAUCUCUAAAUACACCUGAGAAUUUGGGAAACCCGGCGACCGUGGAUCUUGGUCCCAAGGAGAAGCACAGCAACAAGGCUCUGCCACCGUUUCAAUCCAUCAAACGCUGCUCGAGUUGCGACAAAAGGGUGGGACUUACUGGUUUCCGGUGCCGAUGUGGGGAUCUCUUCUGUGCCCGCCACCGUUACUCUGACACCCAUGAUUGCUCUUUUGAUUACAAGGCUGCUGGUCGAGAGCAGAUUGCAAAGGCCAACCCUCUCAUAAGAGCUGCUAAGAUUAUUAAAAUUUGAUGUUUUGUUAUCCACCAUGAUUUAUUUUGUUUGGUAGUUUAUACUUGCUGUGCCUCGCCUUUUCCAAGUCUGCUAGAUUGGAAUUAAAAUGGUAUGUUGUCGUUAACCUUGAACAGCAAUAUGCUGCAUUAUGAUUUGCUUCUACACCAUUUCGUAA